CUAGCUCCUCACCAUCGCAGUCCGGAUUCCCUAGCCCCAGCCCCUCAGCGCUCAGCAGCUCCCCAACUCCACUGUCUAAACUGCCUGCACUGCAUUCUAAAAGCCGGUAUUGAAACUACAACAUCGGGUCCCAGCCCGGGCCUCUAGGGUCGGGGUACCUGGCAAUGCCGGUCUACAUCCCGGCGCUCCCCAACGCCGAGCUCCUUACAUCCCCGCCUCCUGGUUCUGGCAGAGGCUCCCCAGCAUCGCAGCGGAGACCUGCUCCCUGCCGGGCUUCCCGCUGCACCCCCCUUUCCCGCCCCCCUGCGACCGGACUCACCAACAUCAGGCGCGGCGGUGCAACUGCAGCCCAGCCCCGCCAGCCGCCCUCCCGUCUCGGGCUCCGGGAGAACUCCCUCCGAGCGGCCCUGACGGCCGAGGGCUCUGCACCCGAGAGCGGCCGGGAGGAGGGGACAAGCCUGGCGGCGACGCCCAGCUCCGCCCUUUCCCGGCCCAGGGGAGGGCUGCACAACCGGGAGCACACCCCGCUGCCACAGCCGCCGCAGCCGAGGAAGUUGCCUGACGCCGCUUCCUUCCACCUACCUUCAGGCCCUCGCCACCCUCCCCCACCGUUCACUGCAAACUCCUGGGGGCUUGAGACCGCAAGGGGUGCGGGAUGCACUCUUGCGUUCUUCCCCAAAACCGUUUCCUGUGUCCCUCGGGAGGGGGAAUAACAAACUUCUUCUGCCAUUUCAGGCGCCUCUUCCAAUCCCGGCUUUCUUUUCUCCCGUUGCCCUAGGGUGAGCAUUCACGGUAAUGCCCAGGAAAUCACGCUGUGCACCCCACGGAAGCCCUGCAGACACACUUUCACGUCGACAUGCAAGACUCAUGCUUCUGCUCUGAUUGCGUGUGUGAGUUCAUCACACGAGUCACUGGGCAUAUGGAACAUGCUGUGCCAAGCAGACCCUCGGCCCGUGUAACCUCCAUCCAGAAGCAAGGCCAUCAGUUAAUAAUCAUCAGAUUGGCUUUGCUGCUCAAAAGCUGCCUGCAUCAGUCUCUGCAGUCCCCCUGGGAGAAUAGACAGUCUCUGACAUGAACUCGGCUGCCUGCUCCUUGAUCACUUCUCCCUGGUGGGGCGACCUAGCCAACCCACAGAGGAAGAGGAUCCAGGCAGUCCUGAUGGGACCUGAUAGGCUAGGGUCACACAGUAGGGGAGGCAGACUCCCCUUCCAGUGGAUUAAGGAAGAGGGAUAGGGGAAGAAGGGGGGGUAGGACCGGGAGGACAUGAGGGAUGGGGCUACCACUGGCACACAAAGUGAAUAGAUUGUUGUUAAUAAUAAUAAUAAUAAUAAUAAUAAUAAUAAUAAUAGAAAAAAAGCUGCCUGCCUUAUCAGGAAGAAAGAGAAUGGAAAGGUCAGAGCCAGGGAAGAUGGCUUUUAUCAGUUUCCCCAUAGGAGCUCCAUCUUCACUACAGUUGGGCUGAUUCUUGGACUACUGAGUUUGCAUUCAUUUUGUUUACACCCACCCUGUCCCAAUGAGGAAACUCUCCUUCUUUCUUUCUUUUUCUUUCUUUCCCCAUUCCCAACAUUCAACAUCUGUUAUUUGAUGUGUCCUCAGCAAAACACCUGGAAACAAAGUGAGCUGUUUAUUCAGUAGGAUUUUUUUCCCAUUCCAGAAAUGAAGAUGUUUGGAUUCUGGGCUAUUACUGGGCAGGUUGAAGCAGAUUCAGACCUGGAAAGAGUCUAUGGACCAGUCUGAGUUCCCACAGGACAGUAGCCUAGCACGCAAGCCAUGGGUUUGCUGACGCUCCAGGAGGCUGUGUAGCCCUGCUGCCUUCGCUUCUGCUUCACCCCAGUGAUGUCUAGGCUGCUCUCAUAUCCUGGGAAGCUGUGGCCUUCCACAUUAGCAAGCAUUCGUUAUUUUAGCCAGAGAGCUCAGCAAUACAGCGACCCUAAGAGGGAGGUACCGCCCCCCCACUUUCUGCUCAGACCUAAAUUAGAAACAAAAUUAAAAGUCCCCAAACUGAGGAUCUAAACUCAGGUUCAGUUCACCUGAUGUGAGCUACAGCAAGAACGAGAGAGCGUGUGAAAUGAGAGAGCGGCUUUGGCCAUUCUUGAGGGCACCUUGCACCCCUGGGAGAGCUCCUUCCUCUCCAAUGGAGAUUAAUUCAUCAAAUACACAGCAUCCUAAACUGUGGGUUGCAAUCCUGCGCUAGGGAACGGAAGGUAGGGCUGCAAAAGCCCUGACAACCGUAAAAGGUUUUUGAGUUUUUGCCUAAGCGCAAAUCAAAAAUCAAAUGCAUGAGGAAGCCGAGGUGUCUCUGGUGUCCCUAGCCUGUGGUGUGUGGUGCCAUUCUAUGGCAGACUCAGCUCUUUACACACAAGCUCACAUUGCACUGUGCGUGCCAUUACGACACGCAAUCGCAGGCAGCAUAGCCUGAAGUGCCUCUCUCUGCUCAGAGCCCAGAUCCUAGAUUAAGAAUUGCAGUGUUCUUGCUGUACACGGGGUUUUCUGCUCUGACCAGACACCACAGUUCAAUUACAGAAAACACAGGCUUUUUUUGCUACUUUUCUCCUGUCACUCCUCAGCGUGUUUAGGGUCAAAUUAGCAUAUCUGUGUGGAUUGUAGGUGUGUCAGAGUUCUUAGUUCUGUAAAUUGUUACUUGCAUAGCUGACUUAAAUUUCACUUAAGAGCUGUUAAGUGAAUGUCAGUUAAAGAUUAGGACAGAGUUUCCAAACAGUUGCUGAAAUGUCCCUCACACUCUGUGCUGUGCGUUCAUGUGAAACUGUGUUCCCAGAAUUGACGGUCGUAAAAUCAAAGUAUGGAUCCACCACCUCCCCCCAAAGCACUGAAGAGGUUCCACAUCUCUGAGUCCAAAAUAUUCAGCCAGUUUAAGCCACUGUAGAUAGAAACAAGCACACACAUCUCAUCAGUGGGCUAAUUUGCUUUUGACUAUAAUAAAUGGCAAAGUCGUUUGUAUGCCAAAGAAUUGUCCUAA